AAUAUCCAGUCGUUCGCCAUCAUCCUCGGACGUUACCGCAACACAGCUUCAGCUCCUCUUCUCGACCAAACAUCACACCAUGUCCAUCUUCGCACCUCCACCAAAGCCCAAGACGCAGAUCGGCUGGCAUCGCAUCCUUUCUCCCACCGCCAACGUCAAGGUAUCUCCCAUUGCCAUUGGCGGCAUAAGCUUUGGUAACUCGUGGAGUGAGCUGUUUGGGAAAAGUGAGGAUGCCUUCAAGCUACUCGAUGCGUUCUACAAAAUUGGAGGUAAUUUCAUCGAUACUUCUAACGUCUACAACAGCGAGGAGUCGGAGAAGCUGUUGGGAGAAUGGAUGGAGACAAGAGGGGUGAGAGACCAGAUGGUCCUUGCGACAAAGUACGGUGCCGGAUACAAGUCUUGGAACCGUGAGGGUGUACCGUUACAGAGCAACUACACUGGACCAUCGGCAAAGAGUAUGCAUGUCUCUGUAAGAGACAGCUUGAAAAAGCUCAAAACAGAUUAUAUCGACAUCCUUUACGUGCAUUGGUGGGAUGUCAAUUGCAGCGUCGAAGAAGUGAUGCGCGGCCUGCAUGCGCUGGUUAUGGCAAAGCAAGUGCUCUAUCUGGGAGCUUCUGAUAUGCCUGCAUGGGUUGUCGUCAAGGCGAAUGCUUAUGCGCGCCACAACGGUUUAACACCCUUCUCCAUCUACCAGGGUCGCUGGAAUGCAGCGUUUCGCGACAUAGAAUCCGAGAUCAUUCCCAUGUGCGAAGAUCAAGGCAUGGCCAUCACAUCGUGGGCUUCGCUAGGCGGAGGACAGCUGACUACGAAAGAACAAAGAGAGAAGCUGAAGAAAGAUCCGGACGCUGGUCACGGAUACUACGAGGCGACUGAGAAUGACAUAAAAGUAUGCGAAGUGCUGGAAGACCUGGCAAACCGGAAGAACGCCACACUGCAAGACAUCGCUUUAGCAUACCUCUUCCACCAGUCGACCUACGUCUUCCCAAUCGUCGGCGUGCAAACCGUCGAGCAUGUCAACUCGAUGCCGAACGCGCUGAACAUCGAUAUUUCGAGAGAAGAGAUCGAUGAGAUCCACAACGCCGCUCCUUUCGACCCUCUCUUCCCAAACAACUUCCUAUUCGGCGGCAAGAAGUACAACACGAGGUUGACUGCGGCAGAUCAGACGAACUAUGCGAUGGCAACUUGGAUAAAUGCCCCGCCUAAGCAGCCGCCGUAUGCGCCGAGGUCUUAA